UUGAAAUCGGGACAGGCGAUGGCGUCUUUCACUGACGUCGGUGAGCUCCUUCACGCACGUUUGGUAGAGCUCCAUGUAGCUAGCUCUCUCCGCCUCGAAAUCCGUCAACGGUUCAGCUGGUCUCCUCUCAGCUCGUUUCGAUGAAGUGGCACUUUGACUUUGGCCACGUGACGUGAAAGUCCCAAAGAUGAAGCGUUCUCCAUCGUUGUUGAAGUUAUCGGAUCUACUGCCCGAGCUCUCGGUAUCCGACGAGGACCAAGAGAUGCUUCGCAACUUGGCCAGCAAUUUGGUCAUGCACAAUUUGGAACAAAGCCAAAUGCUGGCGGUCACUAAAAAGGGAUUCCCAGAAUCGAACAGGGGUCAAUGGAAGGAGAUGCGGCGCAAAGGUGGACUCCGAAUCUAUCGCGAACGUCCGGGGCCCACUCGAGGCAAUGCACCGUUCACACCGUCGUUGCUGCUAUUGGGUACGGUAGAUGGAACAGUCGAGGACGUUAUGUAUGGGGUAGUGGCGACUACGGAUGCAGCUAUGAAGAUCAACUCUACGUACGUGAACGACGGUAUGCUGGAUACAAAGAUGCUGUGUGAGCUGGUAGAACCGUCGAAAGAAAACCCUUUCUACCACGUUGGUAUAAAAUGGAAACUAUUUAGUGAACGAGACUACGUUUCAUUGGACACGACCGGCAUCCUGCGCUUGACCAACGGUGAACGGGUUGGCUAUAACUUAUCUCAUUCUGUUGCGUUCCCCGAUCUCCCGGAAUUCCAAAAGCACGGCGUCUUGCGUGGAAAUGUGUCGGUGUGUUCACUAUACCGACAAAAGACACUUGCCACGGUCGAAUGCUACGUACGAGGGUUUUUCGACUUCCCUACUAAGAACGAAAUGCUCAACAAUGUUGUACUGCAAGCGGUGGCGUCGCAGUGGCUGUCAUUUGGGCGCAAAGUCGAGUGUGGGCGCAUGAAGAAACUCGCCUGGAGACUACGUAGGAAUAGUCUCGAUGCUCGUAGCCCAGACGGUAGUAAUGCCAGCAAUUGCUCAAGCAAUGCUUCGUCACAGAGCGGCAGGCUCUCCCCGCCAUCUGCUCGACCUGGAGCGUGUGCCCGAUGCUCUCACACUUUCGGAUUUCUUGGUACCAGUCGCGAGAUUUGUAGAAGCUGCAUGCAAUCUUUCUGCAACCGAUGCUCAGUAAAGAAAGUCGUAUGUACGAUGACCCCCGAUGGUCGCACCGUACUGGAGAAGAAGCGUCGAUUCUGUCGAGAAUGCAUUGAGGAUGUUGCGAUGAGUGACACACUAGCUAUCGCUAGGGAGGAGCUGGCUUUCGAUCAAGGUGAAGGUUUCCUGGACGAUAUCGGAUGCAUUUCUGAAGUGUUUAAAAACUUUGAAUGCCGGCGAAUUACCAAAAGUAUCCCGAUUCCGGAGCGCCUUUCACGUAGACGUAUCUAACCGUUGUAAUCUAAUACAUGUGUAGUGUAUAAGGAUUGUAAACUAGCUGGCACAAUUGUAGAUACCUCUCUCACCAAAAAUCUCUAAGGACAUUAUCACUUGCGCGAUGAUUGUCCAACAAGACAAUGCUCUCUGGCA